UUCUGUCUAUUCACACUUGCUUCACAAUAUCUGUUUUAUGCUUUUUUGUAUCUUUAUUUUGCUAAUUAGCUUUUCUUGAAUUAAAUGAUACUCUUUCCCCUUAAGGAUAUCCUAAUUUUGGGAAAUCUUUUAACCCAUUAAAUUCUUUUCUUCAUUGUUUUCACCAGUAAUGGGCUUCUUUUAUCCCUUAUGUGUUAAUCAUAGAUGGGGUUGCUUUGGUUUUGAGGAUGCUUUAAUUUCAUAGUAUUUAGUACAUAGCUAAAUCCAAGUUCAAGGGUUUCACAAAUUCUGCAUAUUUUCUGUUAAAUUUGUUUUCUUUCUAAUGUGAUUUUUCAAAUUUCGUUGGGUUUAAUUGUUAAUAAUUAGAUAAAGGUUAUUGGCAAGAUUAAAUCAAUUUUCUAGUUUGAAAGGAAGGAAUAAUGCAUUUCUGAGUUGUUUAGUAUCUUCGAUGAGUAGGGCAGAAUCUGGGAUAUAUGCUCAAAAAUCUGCUAUGAGUGUAGUUUGGGUGCUGGUGUUAUGUUUAUUCUGCAAUGGAUGUCAUUCUCUUGGAGCUGAUGUUAGAAAAAGGCCCGAAACCGUGAACAUUGGCUCUAUCUUUACAUUUAAUUCAAUUAUUGGCAAAGUUGCAAAAGUUGCUGUACAAGCUGCAAUUGAAGAUGUUAAUUCUAGUCCAAAUAUUCUUCGAGGCACCAAGCUGAAACUCACAAUGCAUGAUUCCAAUUCUAGUGGAUUUCUGGGCAUUACUGAUGCUUUACAAUUUAUGGAGGGUGAUACUGUGGCCAUUAUUGGACCUCAAUCUUCCGUCUUAGCGCAUGUGAUUUCUCAUGUGGCUAAUGAGUUUAAGAUUCCUCUAUUGUCUUUCUCAGCGACAGAUCCGACCCUUUCUUCACUUCAGUACCCUUUUUUUAUUAGAACAACACAGAGUGAUCUGUACCAGAUGGCUGCAAUAUCAGAUGUUAUUAAUUCAUAUGAUUGGAGGAAGGUCAUUGCAAUUUAUAUCGAUGAUGAUCAUGGAAGGAAUGGAAUAGCUGCACUGGGAGAUGAACUUGCUACAAGACGCUGUGAGAUUUCAUACAGAGUAGCUUUAGAGACUGGAUCAACCCGAGCUGACAUCAAAGAGGUCUUGGUCAAGGUAGCUUUAAUGGAGGCUCGGAUUUAUGUUGUUCAUACUUACACUGGUCAGGGCCUUGAUGUGUUCGCAGUGGCGCAGUCUCUUGGUAUGACAGGCAGUGGAUCUGUGUGGUUUGCUACAAAUUGGUUAUCUACCAUCUUGGAUACUAGUGGUCCCCUCUCCCAAGAGGCAUCAAGUAGCGUACAAGGUGUAAUCACGAUGCGAAUGUACACGCCAAAUUCAGAACAUAAAAGAAACUUUGUAUCUGAAUGGAGCAAUUUAACUAAAAAGGAGAACAAGAGCGCUGUCGGGUUGAGUACUUAUGGUCUAUAUGCCUAUGACACUGUUUGGCUGCUUGCUCACGGUCUUGAUGAAUUUUUUAAUCAAGGUGGGAAGAUAUCAUUUUCUAAUGAUUCAAGGCUAAAUGAACUAGGUGGAGGGAGUCUGCGUCUUGAUGCUAUGACUAUCUUUAAUGAAGGGGAUUCAUUACUUGAGAGCAUUUUGCAAGUUAAUAUGACAGGUAUCACAGGACCAAUUAAAUUUACACAAGAUAAAGAUAUUAUUAAUCCUGCCUAUGAAGUCAUUAAUGUGAUUGGAACGGGAAUAAGGAGAAUUGGAUAUUGGACAAACUACUCAGGUUUAUCAGUUGAACGUCCUGAAGCACUUUACACGAAACCACCAAACCGAUCAUCAUCUUCUCAACAAUUAUAUAGUGUAGUCUGGCCUGGACAAACAACACGCAAACCCCGGGGAUGGGUAUUUCCACAGAAUGGAAAGCAACUACGAAUCGCAGUCACAAAUCGAGCUAGCUUUCAUGAAUUUGUUGCAGAAGAACGGGGAACUAAUAUGUUCAAAGGUUACUGUAUUGAUGUUUUUAAUGCUGCCAUGAACUUGUUGCCAUAUGCUGUUCCUCAUCAGUUGAUAGCAUUCGGUGACGGUCACAAAAAUCCAAAUGGCACCGAGCUCGUAAGCUUGAUCACCUCUAAUGUUUAUGAUGCUGCAGUAGGUGACAUUGCUAUUACCACUACACGGACAAGGAUGGUUGAUUUCACACAGCCGUAUAUCGAAUCUGGCCUAGUUGUUGUAGCACCAGUUAAGAAAUCAAAUACUAGUGCUUGGGCUUUUCUGAGGCCAUUUACUCGGCAGAUGUGGUUUGUCACCGGAGUAUCUUUCCUGGUUGUCGGAGCAGUUGUUUGGAUUUUGGAGCAUAGGAUAAAUGAUGAUUUUCGCGGCCCUCCAAGGCAACAAUGCGUGACUAUAUUAUGGUUUAGCUUUUCAACCAUGUUCUUUUCUCACAGAGAGAAUACGGUCAGCACCCUCGGACGCCUUAUACUUGUCAUAUGGUUGUUUGUGGUUCUAAUAAUCAACUCCAGCUAUACUGCAAGCCUCACCUCAAUUCUUACAGUAGAAAAGCUUUCAUCACCAAUUAAAGGAAUACAAACUUUAGUAAUGAAUGAUGACCCUAUUGGUUUCCAACAGGGUUCAUUUUCUCGAAAUUAUUUAAUCAAUCAACUAGGCAUCAAUGAGUCGAGACUUAAACCUUUGACAACUCCUGAUCAGUAUGUUGAAGCACUAAAGCGUGGUCCGGAGAAUGGUGGUGUUGCUGCAAUUGUUGAUGAACGUGCAUAUGUAGAACUCUUUCUUGCAUCCCAUUGUGAAUUCAGUAUAGUUGGUCAAGAGUUCACCAGAACUGGAUGGGGAUUUGCUUUUCCACGGGACUCCCCUGUAGCAGUUGACCUAUCAACUGCAAUUCUAAAAUUGUCCGAGAGUGGAGACCUCCAGAGAAUCCAUGACAAAUGGCUGAUGAGCAGUGCUUGCACUUCACAAACCACAAAAUUCGAAGUGGACAAGCUUGAACUGAAAAGCUUCUCUGGUCUUUUUGCAAUAUGUGGAUUGGCAUGUGUGCUAGCUCUGAUUAUAUAUUUUGCAAUUAUUAUGCAUAAGUUCACCCGACAUCUGCCUGAGGAGCCUGGCUCAGCUGGUGGCAGCUCACGUUCAGCACGUCUUCAGACGUUCCUCUCUUUUGUUGAUGAGAAGGAAGUGGAUUUAAAAUCUAAAUCCAAGCGAAGACAUAUGGAAGUGGCUUCUAAUGUAGGCGUAGAUGAAGACACAUCAGUGAACGGAUCAAAUAGAAGUCGUAAAUUCAUGUCUACAAACAAUAGUAUGAAUACUCAAGGUGCCAGUGAAACCACCUGAAACUGAUACGAAGUUUCAUGCGAGUAAGUUACAGACAUGCUGUAUCAUAGUUCAUUCGGUGCUGCAAACUGAUAUUCAGUACUUAGACAUGCUGGAUUGUUACUGGCAGUGUUAGACAGGGAGAGAUAACGAGAGAUAUCAUAAUAUCAUAUAGGUAUAUAUGUAA